CUCGAGCUGCAGCUGUGCAUAAACUGAACGACGCUAACCGCAGGAAAAGGGAACUGCAGUCUCGCUGACUGAACAAAAACGAAGGUGUGGAGUGCGCACGCUGUUGAAUUUCAGCAUCAUGUCUGGGGAAAUAACUGCUAGAAUUGGUCUUCUUCUGCUAAUAGUUUCCACGACAAUGGCACAGGACUGCUUCCAGCCCUGUGACUGCCCCUUGGACCCCCCUCCAUGCCCGUUUGGCACCAGCCUGGUUCUGGAUGGUUGUGGCUGUUGUAAGGUGUGUGCCAGGCAGGCGGACGAACCCUGCUCCCUCCUGGAGCCCUGCGACCACCACAAGGAGCUCUACUGUGACUACUCUGUGCUGAGUGAUACAGAUACUGGAAUCUGCAUGGCCCAGGAAGGCCAGACAUGUGACCUGGGAGGGGUGAUCUAUCGCAGUGGAGAAACCUUCCAGCCCAGCUGCAAGCACCACUGCGUCUGCAUGAACGGCGAGAUUGGCUGUGUGCCAACCUGUGCCAGUGACGUGCGCCUGCCCUCUCCUGACUGCCCGUACCCUCGUCGCAUCCAGAUCCCUGGCAAGUGCUGCGAGGAAUGGGUGUGUGACCAGACCCCCCAGAACCACCACUUCCAAUCAGCCAUGGCUGGACCUGAGAUUCACCCCUUGGUCUCCUCUUCCCCUCUAUCAGUCUACAGGGAGGUGUCAGCCCAUGGGCCGGUGCCGGAGAGCCCCAGGGAAAACUGCAUUGUUCAAACCACUGAGUGGAGUGAAUGCUCAGCCACUUGUGGCAUGGGCGUGUCAUCCAGAGUAACCAAUGACAACGAGCAGUGUCAGCUAGAAAAGCAGAGCCGUAUCUGCAUGAUCCGACCCUGCCAUGUGGAGCAGGAAAAGGACAUCAAGAAAGGGAAGAAGUGUGUUCGGACACCUAAGACCCACCUUGGCAUGCGCUUCGAGCUGUCCGGUUGUAGCAGCACCAGAGUGUACAAGCCCAAGUUCUGUGGGGCAUGUACGGACGGACGAUGUUGCACUCCCCACACCACCGUCACUGCGGAGGUGGAGUUUCGCUGCCCAGAGGGGGACUCCUUCCGACGGAAGAUGAUGUUCAUCAAGACCUGCUCCUGUCAUCACGACUGCCCACGCGACAAUGAUAUUUUUCUGGCUUCACACACACGCCGAAUGAUAGGGGACUAUGACAAUGACAUGUGAAGGACAGGGCCUGUCAACACACACACAGUUUCUCUCCCUUCACUAAUCCGUUCACAGGCAGCUUGUUGGAGUUCUGGAUCCCUCAUCUCUCCCUGAUAUCCACAUGCACGUCAACCUAGUUGUGAGACUGAAAAGAAGAAUGUGUUUAAUUUUCGGAUAUGAAGUAGUAGAGCUUGAGAAUGAUACCUUUUGUUUUUCCUUUUGUUCUUUAGAUUUUUAGUUUAACGCGCAGCUCUAAAGUAAUUUGGUUCUUUGAAUGGUCUGCCCGUAUGUAUGCACACACGGAUAUGCUGUAUGGCUGACUUGACGCACUGAAGGACUCUGUGUAGAGACACUUACCAGAUCUAAUAGGAUACAGAAUAUCUCACGCACUGCUUUAGUGCCAUUGGAUGACGAUAUGGUUGUACAGCUGUAGACUGGGAGGCAGGAGGGGGGGGGGGGGGGGGGGGCACAAAUGUCACAUUUUGACAUGAAAUGUUCUGAAAAUAAGACAUUUAGUGUUGCAAAUCUGUUUAGUAUCAGUGUCAGUUUAUGAUACAGUAAUUCUUAGAAUAUGUAUAUGGAUUUACAUUAUUGAGGUAAUGUGUAUUACUGUGUACACCUGACAUAAAUUGUUUUCCAUGUUUAUCCUUUAGUAUUUAGAUAUUUGGACCCACCUAUCAUUAAUCAUUGAGUCUCCUUAUUUGUUGAAGGUCAAAAGGUGACCACUGACAUAAUCUAUCUAAUUCAAGGGGUCCUAAUGUGCAUGGGUCUCUCUUUAACUUGUUUUCUCCACCCCUAAUCACACCCUCGCAGUUAGGUCAAUAUACCUACAGUACUAACACACACAGUGUGGCUCGGCUGAAUAAUUAUUGUUAAUAAUGUUUUUUAUUGUUUAUUUAAAGAGAAAAGGUAGGAAAAAUAGAAAUUCGGCAUUUGACGAAUACACCAUGUGUAAAUACUGUAAGACUGUGUACAGUUUUGUACUAUAAUUUAUGUAACUGUUGUUUAACACAAUGUUGUAGUUGUUUUUGUACUGUAUCAUACUGUUUUUCACUGUAGCCACCUGGCUAAGAUACAAGUGAGUUCCUAUUUGUUGCACUUUCAUCUAUUUCCAAUAAAGAAGUUCUAUAUUUUUUAUA